UUCAUCUGAAAACCGAUCGCACAUCGAGUCCAACGGUUGUUCUCGUUUCCGAUAUGGAAUCGCUCCAACAGCAGCACCAGCACCAUUUAUCGGGAAGUGAGGUUGCCGGUACACGCACCGGAGGUGCUAGUGCUCCUAUCACAACGAUCACCACGACCAGCACCACCAGCUCCACCGCCGCAGUGCUACUUGCCGACUUGAGUUCAAUUCGCAUAAAAGGCGACGAAUUGUCGCGGUCUGCUUCAUCUCCUUUGAUGAGCAGCCGAUCGAAAGAAAUACCCGGCCUGGACAGCCAACGGUCUAGCCACUGUCCGGUGGUACGGGAGGGUCCCGCGCUGGGUUGCAAUUUCUGCUGGAACACAAGGAGGAUACUGCGACGGAAAACCAAGUACCACUGUCCCGAGUGCCAGACGAACUUGUGCAUUGCGCCCUGCUUCCAGGAGUAUCACGAACGCCAAUCGGCGGAGAACCCUGCCCCACCAGCAACGACAGCGGAAGCGGUUGUGUGUAUGGUGUGGUGGAUUGUACGCAAAAGUGGAUCUCCGAUUUGUUGA